UCGUUCAUCUUGAGUUUUCAUAGAGUUCAAAAGGUGCGAGCCAAUUUCAGUGCCUCAGAGCGCACCAUAGUUAGCGAGUGAACACACCGAAAGUCUAGUGAUGUGCUCUUCGUGCGGUUAACACAGAACAAACGCUGAAAAUUCAUAUAAAAAACUUUAUACCUAUCGAAAUAAAAGUUUUAUUUAACUAAGCAUAAUUAUUUCAUUUUAUUUCGUGAACAAAAUUGUAAAAAUUUAAAAUUUAUUUAGAUGUCAAAAUACAAAAGAGAUACAGCUCACGAGAGAUCGCAACUAUUUAUUAAUAACAAAACGAAAACGCGAAAAUUAACUAAAAUAUAUAUGUAUGCAAAAUUAAGAAUGAAUAUGUGUGUUCCUUAUUAUUCAUUACUUUAAAUACUGGAAGUUUUAAAAGUGAAUUGGAAACAAUGCUUAUAAACCCCUUAAACAUAGGAGUGACAGUAAAACCAGUACAAUUUGGGUAUAAAAAAUUUUCUAUACCCAGCAUGUAGAAAAAAAUCAAAUCACACUGUCACGGACUUGUACUUUAUAGUAUACUUAUAGAUAUGUAUAUAUUAUAACCGAAUACUGCGCGCGAGCGGGGGAAACGAUCAGUAUUGAGCGACGAAAAUCAGCAAGGCAAGUGUGAAGCAAAUGUGUGUGUGUGUGGCAGAUAAGAUGGAAAAUUUGUUGUGAAAAAUACGGAAUAAUUUUUGUGUAAUAAUAAUUUUUAAGGCGAAUACGCGUUUCCAAAAUUUUCGUAUCUCUUUGAUAGGCAGUAUUUAAAAUUGUUCCAAACUGAUAUGUAAUAAAAUAGUAAAGAGUGGCAACGCAGAGGUACCAUACGAGUACUAUUAUAUGUACAUAUGGAUAUAGGUAUGCAUGUAUCCUAAAACCCAAAACUAUGUAUAUGUAUAUACAUACAUAUAUGUAUGUACGUGAUUAAGGAAAAUUUAAACACUUAAAAUACUGUCAACAAUUGCAGCAUAAAAAUUCAAAGAAAAUUUGAAAUUAUGAGAAAUCAUAUAGUAGAUAUCCAAUUAAUACAUUCUCGAGGGCAAAUGCAUUUAAAGUAGAUGAAGAAAAGGAACGGAGAAAAAUAUAUAAAAAAUAGUACCGGCCCAAAUGUCUGGAUGAAUAGUACAAAUGGAUGAAAAUGCCGCCGUCGCUGUCACAUUUGUUGUCGUCGCCGCCAUUUUAUCAUCACUUUUAUCGAGCACAAACGCAGCAGUACAAAACAUUAAGCCCAAAAAAUCAGUCAAUAAAGCAAAAACUGCUGACACAAAGGUCGAAACUAAAAGCCAUCAACAGCAAGACAAUAGAGCACCAACUAGAAUUCAAAGCCGCUCAAAUAGUCAAAAUAUACUUACUAGAUAUUCAAAAAUAUAUAAUAGCAGUAAUAGAAAAGAAGUUACCAAGGCCAUUGAAAAAAGUGGCUGUAAUUUCUGUGGUCAGCAAGAAGAAUUGCUUCCAAAAUUCUUAUUCUUCGUAUAUUGCAUCAAUAAAAAUAUCAGGAAUCAAUGUGAAUUAUCCAAUAUGAUAUCGAGCAGUUGAGAGAAUUGUCAGCUGUUAUACUAAAAACAACAAAGAAGUGAAAAGGAUUAUAAGAGAUAAACUAAAAAAAUUAAGCCUCAAAAAAGAAGCAGCAGAAAAAUUGUUAUAAGAUUACAAAACACUUUUCAUUUCGCGUAUCGUCGAUAUCUUCGUUAUAUUGGUCUGCUGCCAAUUGCGAUUCAGCGAUACGCCCCAUAAACGAAAGUAUCCUUAUAGAAUGCGCAAAAUGGCGGAUGGUGGACAUACAUUCGUAAAGAAGACCUUUGGAAAGCCAACGUAUUGUCAUCAUUGUUCAGAUUUGAUUUGGGGUAUUAUUCAGAUCGGUUAUAUAUGUGAAGUGUGUAAUUUCGUCAUACACGAUCGUUGUGUUUCAAAUGUUGUUACUCCAUGCUCUGGCAUUGCUCCAUGUAUUAUAAAGAAUCCCGUCGCGCAUUGCUGGUCGGAGCCAACUCAUCAUAAAAAGAAAUUCUGUACCGUUUGCCGUAGACGAUUAGAUGAUAGUCCAGCAGUACAUUGUUUAAUUUGCGAAUAUUUCGCACACAUUGAGUGCCAAGAUUUUGCUGUGCCUGAUUGUACUGAAAAUGCGACGUAUGUGCCCGGCAAAGAAUUGCAGAGUGUGAAACAUCAGCAUCAUUGGAGGGAAGGUAAUCUACCCCCCACGUCUAAGUGCGCCUACUGUAAAAAGACAUGUUGGUCAUCAGAAUGCCUCACAGGCUAUCGCUGCGAAUGGUGCGGUAUGACAACGCAUGGGGGAUGCCGCACGUACCUGACAACCGAAUGUAAUUUUGGUGUACUUCAGCCUAUCUAUUUACCUCCACAUUCGGUCUCGAUUCCGCGCACCGAGGUGCCCAUAGAAGCUAUUAUUGGCGUACAAGUUAAAUCGAAAACCACAUUAGUACGAGAUUACUCGUGCCCUGAUUUGGGGACAAUAGAGUGCCCAGAAAAUACUACUUCCGUAAAUUUCAUUACUCCGAAUAAAGGCUUUAUAACAGAUGCAAUCAACGAAAUAAACAAAGUCCCCGAACCAAGCUUAAAAGAGAUUCUGUUUAUUGAAAGACAACGUCGCAAGAAAUCAAAGGAAAAUUUUCUACUAUCAUCAUCCACAUCAUCAAUAUCCACCAGCUUCACACCAACGCCAUCUUUACCUUUACUUACACUCCCAGUAGUUGAGAAAACUCCUACUUAUUCUGAGCUCAAAGAAAAUGAACAAUGCAAGUUUAUCAACAUACCUGUAUAUUUAAGUGACGAUAACGCUGUAAAGACUGUCAGCGGAACACCACCGAAUCAAAAUGUGACUUGCAAUAUACAAAAGUCUUCAUCUACAUCCUCUUCCCUGCAUCUAUUAUAUACGAAUUUGUUGCGUCGCAUGCAUCCAAUCUCGCGAAAACACCUAUCAUCCAAUACAGAAGACGAGGAUAUCGAUUUUUGCGAUGUAAAUGGUAGUGAAGUGAAUGAAGAUUAUCAUAACAUUAAAGUUAAACAACUAGACUCUAGAGAACAUAGAAUCGUAACGAAAACGUUACGACAACAAUGUCAAAGUCUCUAUGAAACUACCGAUACGGAGGGUGUUUUGACAACUGUGGAUAACAUUGGUUUUGACUCUAACAUAAAUCAGAUUAGUAAUUUAAGCUUUAAUAGAGGUAAUAAUAAAACAUCGUUAGAAAGUCAUUAUAAUUUAGAUGAAAAACUGGAAAAUGCUCAAAACGUAAUAAUAACAGCAUGUGCACUCAAAGCGUGUCAAACAAUCAACGCACCUAUACUAGUUACGCAAACGCUUAUGGCUCCAAAAGAUGGCAACAGCAACGCACAUGAACAAUUUUCUAAGACUGGCGCUUUAAUAAAAGCGAAAACGUACAACCUCAGCCCGUUUAAGGGUGUCCCGAACAAAGGCGGCUCUUUGAGUUGCUCGCCUAAUUCCAGUGAUUGCUCGUCGCAUUCGCCUGUGCCAGAGAAUCCUUUAAAAAUGUAUCUUUCGGCAGUGAACCGUAGUAAAUCAUUCCAAGAACCUGGAGUCAAACAGUAUACACGUAAAAAAGACUACACGCGACUCUUUCGACGUCGCUCAAAAAAACGUAAUAAAGAUUCAGUUCUCAUAGGCACUAAAACAUCGAAAAGUGCCUUCAGUUUAGAUACCACAGGACAAAGUAUAGAAAUUACCAUACAAGAUGAAGAUGGUAAUUAUCAACCGUACGAUGAUGACUAUUUGACUUUAAAAGAUGUGCGCAGUGGACUUAGCCGUAGCGGCUACACCGACGAUGAUGAAGAUUAUGAGGACGGGUAUGACUUGAGACGGCACGUGAAAGCAGAAUAUCAAACGCCAGUGUAUAGUAGUGAAGCCAGCAGUCCUACAAAUUUUCACAUGUAUUUAGAUGAUCAGCCGCACAGUUUUACGAGUGAUGACGCCACAGCAGGCGAUAUAAGUGAUGGUGGUAGUAGUCGCAGUCGAUCACGCGUUAGUGACAAUGAAGAACACGUAUUCGGACGGUUGCUACGGCGAAUGCAGUGCCUAUCGCUUGGGUGGCGGAAACAUCGUUACUACAAACGCAGAGCACGAAGUAUAUCUGAAGAGUUUAGUAGUGGAGACACGCCACGUUUCAAAGAUGAAGAACCGGGUAUUAAAACUGAUACAAUGCACGCUAGUGCCGUUAGUGGCGGAAGUGGUACGUCAUCACAUUAUCGCCCAGAAUCCUCUCACAAAUCGGAAAAAUCAGACAAAGAUAAAACCAAAAAGGAAAAAGAAAGCGAGGAAAAGGACAUUGAAAUGAUCAAAGUUUUCGACGGUAACAACUCAUUUAGACGGCAACUAUACCGGGUAAUUAGUGUACCGCGGACGUAUACCUUAGAACAAUUGCUAACUACAGCAUUGCGAGCAUUUCAUAUAACUAGAGAACCCAGCGCAUUUUACAUGACUGACUUGUAUGCUGCGUCUGGUAUGGAGGAUGUUCCAUUGCAAGAUCCAACACCCGUAAUGAACUUGACGCAUUUGGAAGGAAAGAGACCAGCAAUAUAUCUAAGGUUUCACGAUAAGGACAAAGGAUAUGUACGCGUUUAUCCGGGUAAACUUCAAUGCUCUUUAGAAGAGCCAUAUGUUAAUGUUCCUGUUGAAAAUACAACCAUUAUUAAGGAUUUGAUUCGCGAUGCUUUGGAUAGAUUUGGUUUACAAGAUAACCAAAUCCAAGAUUACAGAUGCUCUGAGGUAUUACUAGACCGUGGGGUUACCGAAAGGAUAUUAUCAUGGAAUGAGCGGCCAUGGGAUAUAAUGAAGCAAUUGGGUAAGGAUUCCAUCAGACAAAUGGAACUAAUGCGAUUUUAUAUGCAACAUAAGCAAGAUCCGCAUGGACCAAAUAUCGCGUUAUUCGUUGGAAAUUUACCACCAGGCUUAUCGCAACGCAAUUACGAACAAAUUUUGAAUAAGUAUGUUACAGAUGAAAAUAAAUUUACUAGUAUUGGACCUAUCUACUAUGAAUAUGGCUCAGUGGUACUAUCAUUUGAAGACGCUCAAAAGGCGGUUCGAGCUUUCUAUAACUUACGUGAAACUAUUAUAGAAGAUAAGAAGCUUUUAGUCAUGCUCCUGCCAAAUAUAGAACCGAGCAUGGUUCCAUCAGAUGUGCGACCACUACUUGUAUUUGUUAAUGUUAAAUCAGGCGGUUGUCAAGGCCUUGAACUAAUAUCAAGUUUUAGGAAGCUUCUGAACCCAUAUCAAGUAUUCGACUUGGAUAACGGAGGGCCAUUGCCGGGAUUGUAUGUAUUUCGGCAAAUUGUUAACUACAAAAUACUGGUAUGCGGCGGUGAUGGCACUAUCGGCUGGGUAUUACAAUGCUUGGACAACGUGGGACAGGAUUCCGAAUGCUCAAGUCCACCUUGUGCCAUAGUUCCUUUGGGCACUGGAAAUGAUUUGGCCCGGGUACUUUGUUGGGGUUCUGGCUAUACAGGAGGCGAAGAUCCUCUAAAUUUACUCCGUGACGUUAUCGAAGCUGAAGAGAUACGCCUGGAUCGUUGGACGGUUGUAUUUCAUCCGGAAGACAAGCCGGAAGAGUCUGCAUUAAAGGCGCCCUCAAAUACAACGGGUGGUGGCGCCCAAAAUGAAGACAACUCACAAAUAUUCGUUAUGAAUAAUUAUUUCGGCAUUGGCAUUGAUGCCGAUCUUUGUCUCGAUUUUCACAAUGCACGCGAAGAAAAUCCGAACAAAUUUAAUUCUCGAUUACACAAUAAAGGUUAUUAUGUUAAGAUGGGCUUGCGAAAAAUUGUUGGCCGUAAAACCGUUAAAGAUCUUCAUAAAGAAUUAAAAUUGGAAGUUGAUGGCAAAGUAGUUGAUUUGCCACCUGUUGAGGGGAUUAUUAUAUUGAAUAUUUUGAGCUGGGGUAGCGGCGCAAACCCAUGGGGACCAGAUAAGGACGAUAACUUUUCCACACCCAACCAUUACGAUGGAGUGUUGGAGAUUGUUGGUGUUACAGGCGUUGUACACUUAGGGCAAAUACAAUCCGGUAUACGGACGGCAAUGAGAAUCGCACAGGGAGGUCAUAUAAAAAUUCAUUUAUACUCGGAUAUGCCAGUACAAGUCGAUGGAGAGCCUUGGGUGCAAAGCCCUGGCGAUGUUGUUGUUUUAAAGUCGGCUCUAAAAGCCACAAUGUUGAAGAAAAACAAAAGUAAAAUGAAGCGACGCAACACAGAGCCUACAAUGACACUUACCGGUACAGCAGCACCACAUCUCUCACUAAUGCCAGUAACCGUAAUGGCGACGGCCAGCGACAGUGGCACCGGCGAUACAGAUGCUGAGAAUACACCGAACAAUACCGAUUUCUGAAUAUGGUACAGUGAGCGAUUAAUUUAACGUACUAACUAAUGUGAUUUUUUGUUUUUUUUUUUUGUAAUUUUCUAAUGUGCUUGAAACAUAUACAUACAUAUAUGUAUUAUAACUUAUUUGGGUUUCAUACAAAUAUCAAUGCAUAAUAAGGACAAACAUUCCAAAUUUAAAUUUAUACUCUUUGUACUUCCAUAUUAAUUUCAUUAAACUUUUUUUUCGUCUAUUGACUUAGAAAAAAAUAUAUGAACAUACAUAUAUGGAUAAAAGCUCACAUACCUCCUACACCUUAGUUAAGUUAUAUAUGUAGUUCAUACAUACACACAUAAGAUCGUUUAUAAAAGAUACCUGUUGGAACCUAACCGAAAGUUACUGGAUUGUGAACCAUGCAUAUAUGUACAUAUGUAUGCAUGUAUACACAUAUUAAAACAUACAUACAUAUGUGGCAUGGGUAUGUGCGUAAUGUAUUUCAGCCUAUGUGGUAAAACAAAAAGUAAAGUAAGCUCUCAACUUGUUUUGGAGUACAAAGUGGUUAUUUUAAAGCAUCAUAUUCAAAAUAAUAAAAAUUCCGUUAGAAAUCUUUAUAAUAUGACUAAUAGUACGUUAAAUGGAAGUCGCUCUCUGAUUUGCAAUUUAUCUUACUUGCUUCAAAUAUUAUAAAGAGCCACCAGUUUCUACUACAAUAUAUUGUGUAAAUUAUUAAAAUAAAUAAGAAAAUAUUUUAUUUUUCAUUAAAAACUGAAUGCACAACAUUUAUUAUACGAAAACUCUUAUGUAAGCACAAUAUCACCAAGAAAAAAUAUAGAAAAAGUUCAUUGCACAUUAAUAUACUAAAUAUUUUUUAGUACAUUUGAAAUAUAAUUUCGGCAUAUUUUGACAUUACUGAUGUGCAUAUGUUUUUCCGCCCAGAUAAUCCAAUUUCAAAAAUGAUUUCUUAUAUUAUAUUAUAUACAUAUACAUAAAUACAUAAUGUAUGUAUGUAGUUUGGUUUAGUUUAUGCAAUAAAUUUACUUCAUACGCGAUAUUUUAGAAAUUUGUAAAUAUCAAACACUAAAUUAUGUGAUUUACUCAAGUCAGACGAAUAUAACUUACAUACUUACGUAUGUACAUAUUAAAAAUAGUCUCAAAUACGUGCAUUCGUAAAAACAAAGAUUAUAUGAAAUAAGGAAUGCUUUGAAUACACACAUACAUAUGUAAAUGCAAACUUUCAUUUUUUUGCGAUACUUAUAGACGUUGUUUGAUAUUUUCAUAUACAGAUUCAUAUUCACGUAAAAUGAAAACAACCUAGAUAAAUAAAUUUCAAAUUUUGUUGCCUGAGAGUCACGGAAAUCAGACAACAUCAUUUCAGCAUUCAUAUUCACACUCCUAAAAAAUAAUACCGAUAUGCAUAUAUAAAGUUUAUUAUUAAAAGCUACAUAAACAUUAAUGUACACUAAACAUCUAAGCAAAUGUUAAAAAGGUAGAUAUACAUAUAUAGAUAUAUAGUAGUGAAUAAGCAGACAUUGUGAUAAAUCGCCUCCACCUGCUAUGAUUAGGGGCUCAGUAAAUGUGGUGAAAUCAGCCGCUCAUUAAAAUUCCGUGAACAUUGGUCACAACACACUAUAGACAAAGUCGAUAUUUCAAUAUUUCUUGCAAUUUUAACGAACAACAGAAAAUAUAUGCAAUGGAAUUAUUUACAUAUAUUAUUAAUAUUACGAACAAAGCGCACUGAUAAAUUGGUCAAUAAGUAAUAAAAUUGCGAGAUAUGUUGAUAAGUGUAUUAUAACCAACAAUUCGAUUAACCGCAUUCACAAAAAAUCUGCAGCUGUUUGGCGAUUUUGAAACAAAAAUUUAAUUAAUCGAUUUGGUUUUUUAUUUAAAAAAAUGCGUAGUCUAAGUAAAAUAAAAAAAAAAACUCUUCUACUUUAAGAAACUCAAGAAACAGAAAUAACUAACAGUUCAAUAAAUACUUUCAAUAUAUGCAAAUAUUUAAAGAAAUCCAAAACAUAAUUACCAACAAAAUUUGACCUACUUACUAAAAACGAAAACUUAAAAAUUAAAAAUUGGUGUAGUGUGUAGUAUUAAGACAUAUAACCAAUUAUGGUAGAACACAUUAUUAACUUAAAACCAUAAAUUGACAAAUGGAAAAUCUAUUUGUAUAUAAGUACAUAUGAAUGAGUAAUACAUAUAAUUUGAAAUUAAUGACGCCGUUACACAAUAAUAAGUUAUUUCCUUUUUUUAUUUCUCAUGAAGUCCUUCACAAAAAUGCAUUAUUUUAAUUAUUUUCGAAUUAACUAACUAAAAACAGCUUCGAGUUUAUAGGAACUUAAAAUUAUUAACUUUUCUGUUGAAUAGCCAAUCAAUCGCUUGGAAUAAACAUGCAUAUGUUUAUAAGUGUUAGAACGUCCAUACAUAUGUAUGUAAAUACACUAUAUUUGAAAGUGUUCACUGUCAAAGAGUUCAUUGUUACAUCCAUAUGUAUGUACAUGUCUACAUGCAGAAUAUGUACUAUAAAUACUGAUAGAAUGUUUAAUGACAACAAAAUAAUAUAAAUGAACAAAGGUAUUUGCAAUGCUGCUUACGUAUAUAUGUAUGUAUUAAUUAUGAGAAUGUCAGAAAUCAUUAAAUGAACAUCAACUUUAUUUACCGAACCAAAAAAACUUAUUUGAGGUACUAAAUCCUAAAACUAUCUGAUCAGUUAUUAACAAAUGUAUUAUGGAUUACAUAAACAUAUUGCUAAAGUAGAAAGUAUUUGCUUUGAUAUUGAUAAUACGUUUUAUAUGAGUUUUUGCGUCAAAAUGUUUUACAAUUGAUCACAGACUUUUACCACAAUAAUUAAUUGCAUAAAAUGCAUAUGUAUGUAUAUGAGUAUGUAUGUCAAAUACUUGAACAUGCAUACGUACAUACUUAUACAUAUAAUACAUAUUUACUUAUGUGUAAAGCAACAUUGAUGGAACUUGAAACACCAUUAAAAUACUACAUGACAUCCUAAAAGUUAUUGAAAGAUGCGAAUUUGCAAAUAGAAAAACAUAAAAUCAUAAAACUGCAAAAUAAAUGUAACUAAUGACAGAACAAAUAAAGCUUAAUGGAAUUUCA